AAUUCUAAACAUACAUUUUUCUUACUUAAAUUAAAAAUUUUCUUUUACUGUGUAGUUAAAUCUGAUAUUUUUAUUAAACUAACAUUUACUGUACCUUAUCCUGAAGCUGGAGCGGAGUGACAUUUUCUCAAAACAAAAAAAAAACACCUUUUUCAUUACCUGAAAUAUUUUUUGAUAAUUCUGUCAAGACAAGUAGCUUUUAAACAAGUGUUAAUUCAGUAUUAACAGUUCUGAAGAUGUUAACUUAAUUUUAUUAUUUUUUAAAAGGGUAUUAUUAAAUCGUUAGAUACAUAAUUUCUUAAUGUUAAACUUACACAGGAAUGACAAAAGUCUAUAAAGUUCUUAAUUUAAUUCAUCUCAAGUGACACAAGUUGAGAUGUACUAGAAGGUGUGCAUAUUUGUGGUUCGCAAAACAUCAAUUUUUCCAUGUGUGAUUCUGGAGUAUUAAAACAAUAAACUAAUUCCUCACAUCAACGUACAAACGCACUUCGAAUGUAGUGAUAUAUACUCACUAAAUCUUGUUACUCUAAAUAGUCUCAAAUUCUGGGGUUUCAGUGCUUGGUGUGAAUAGUACCAGAAUAUUUAACGAAAACAGUUCAAUCGGCAAAGUUCGUGUAUGCUCGUGUCUUUUCGGCUGUCUCAAGUAAGUGCUUCGUCAAGCCGUAAGAACGGCAAACAAGCUCUUGCUUGAGCAUGCAGUCUUCCUGAAGCUCGUCUUUUUCGUGGACUAUGAAACGUGGAGAUUGAAAUCGCUGCCUUGAGAAACAAGACCGUCUUCGUCAAGACGGUCUCAAGACAUUGCUCAAGAUGCGACUAUAAAUACCAGCCUUAAAGUGCACGGCUCUGAUUUAGUGCGCAGUCUUCUAGUUGUGCAUAAACAUACUAUGGGACUAGGGCGGUAACCAUAACAUUAUAUGGCGGGGAAAUGAAGAUAAAGACGUAAUACGACACCCUUGAGUGCUUUCAAAAAUAUGUACUGGGUCUUUCAUGUCUGAAAAUUACUUAUUAACAUACGUUUUAGUCAUUUUCACUCUUGUAAAAAUACAUUUUAAAAACAAAAUCCGGAGAACCUAACUACUCAUUUGUCCUCAGCGUAUUCUUAAAAUGCUUUUCUUAAACAGACGCCAGUCGGAUAUCUUGAGCAGUUUUCAAAUCGAAUGGUUUCUUCUGAAGCUCUGCACAUCGUAUAUGUGCCUGGGUGGGCGGGGGCCUUAAGGGCCGUUUAGGUUUAACCCUCUAAUAACCUAGUCGUAAACGAGACGUAAAACUCAAAUUUUAAAUGUCAUUCCAACAUCUUGGUGGGUGGUGUUUAAGGACAUUAAAAACGUUUUCGGAAGCUUUUUAAUAUAUCGACUUAAUUAUAUGACUCAUUUGAAGGCAUACAGGCUAAUAAUAUCAGUACAUAAAUAAUGGUGCAAAGUCUAUUGUAACGCUAGAUUAUUGGGUCUUAUGUUUACGCACAUAUGGUAAAGUUAACAGAACCACCUAGAUUAAUGUCAGCUACAAACGUCUUGGUUACCAACUUGUUCUCAUACAAUAAAGUAAUGGCAUUUAUGGGAACUGAACCCACGACCCUCGCUACAUAAGCCUGACGAGUUAGUGAUCACAGCCAUCAUGACUUAUCACAUUUCCAUCACAAAUUUAUGGGAGACUGCUGUUUAUUCCACAAUAAAUCCUAGUUGGAAGUACGAAAAACAUUAGUUAUAAUACAGUUCAGUUUACGUAUCUUUGUAUCUUGAAAACCUUAAUUCAUUGUGACCUACAGUUUGAUUGUAAGAUUUCAUUUACAAGUUAAAAAGUUUUCUAAAACGUUCUCUCCUAUUUAAAUCCACGAUCUGAAUUUGAAAGUGCCAUAGCCUUCAAUGCUAACAUUUUCUUUUUCUUUUUAACCUGGCCUUUGUAAAAUUUAAUUGCCGCUAUCAAAGACCUCUACAAUUUACAACCGUCUUUACCUCACCUAUAUCACACCCCGCCAGGUCCCGUCUUGCGAUCGGCAGAGCAAGUAAAAACAGAUUGUGCAUGGUAACUGACAUCUCACCAUAAAUCCUUCAGUGCCUUCAUAUCUAAGAUCAGCUCCACAGAUACCAGAGGCCAAUGUCUGGAUGACAACAUCAUAAUCUAAGUGUUCUGUCUUAUCAGACAAAACACACAUGUAUAUAUCUCAGACCCAGAUGGCUGUGCUUUAAUUUUAUACCGGUUGCAAGGAGAGACACGAUCGACUGUUAAAGAGGAGAGAGCUGGAGAGUGUAGACGACUGAGAGAAGGCAGGAGGUUGAAUCGGUUGAAGUCUGUUGGUAGGUAACGUGCUAGCACCAAGGAUGAGCUCCAGCAACGGCACCGCGGACGGAGAGCUGGUGACGGCCAAGGUGGUGGCCAUGGUGACGCUGGGCUCCACCUCGCUGGUAGUGGGCGCUACGCCCAUAUUGCUGGCGCGCUGCUGCGGCUGGGCUGGCGUGGACGGCACGAUGGCCAUGUCGGGCCGGGCGCGCUCCGCACUCAACUUGCUGCUCUCCUUCGGCGGCGGCGCGCUGCUCAGCACCACCUUCCUGCACCUCAUGCACGAGGUUUCUGAGGCUGUGGAGAAUCUGCAGGCGAUGGGUGACCUGCCGAGCACGCCCUUCCCUCUGCCACAGUUCAUAAUGUGCUGCGGGUUCUUCACCAUCUACCUGGUGGAGGAGCUGGUGCACCUGUACGUGCACAAGCAACACGACCACCCGUCGCCCACGGCCUGCGCUGAGGUGGACAUGGUCAAGGAGCACAUGGAACACUCGGAGAGCAGCAAGCACACGAGCCACAGCCACCUCGUCGUGCAUGGUGACCCGAGCCAGAAGCUGGUCAACUCUGUGCGAGGGUUCCUGAUCGUGCUGGCGCUGUCCAUCCACGAGCUGUUCGAGGGCCUCGCCGUGGGGCUGGAGCGGACGGCCGGCGACACGUGGUACAUGCUGGGCGCCGUCGCCGCCCACAAGCUCGUCAUCGCCUUCUGCGUGUCCGCCGAGCUGGUGAGCACGCGAGUCGACACCUGGCUGGCGCUGCUCUACUCCGCCACCUUCUCGCUCGUCACUCCCAUAGGCGUGGGUGCGGGGCUGGCGCUGACGCGGGGCGGCGCCGGCUCGGCGGACGGAGGCGCGCCCAACGCGGUGCUGCAGGGGCUCGCCACGGGCACCUUGCUCUACGUCGUCUUCUUCGAGAUCCUGCAGCGCCAGCGACGGCUGGGCGGCGCCGAGGGCCGCUUUUCGGGCCUCAGGCAGCUGCUGGCCGUCGCCGCGGGCUUCGCGGUCAUGAUGCUGCUGCUCUCCACCGUUGGACAUGAGCGCGAGCACAGCCACUAGGGGCGAGAAUACUGACGGGCGUUUGACGUGUCAACGUCACGCGACGGGAGCGCCGCGGGCUCUUCCGGCAGCCAGCAGCGUCAGGGAGAUCGAGCUGUCACUCCCGAAGAAGCUCCGUCGCGCUGGCGUUGCCCGAUCUGACGGCACUCAGCGGAACUGACGAGAGUGCGAACCGCGUCGGCGGGAGUGAUAACAAAUCAUUCUAGGCCCUUUUUUUAUUGUUGACUAUUAUGGACGACUUAAGUGCGAAAGAUCAAGUUACUCUUUUAAGUUUGCGUUGGUGGUUUGACAAUACAGACGCAUAUUCGUUGUAGGAUAUUGUUUUUAUUUUUUUUAAUUUUAUUUGUUUGUUCUUGUGGAUGUGGAUGCCGAAGAACUGUCGCUGAUAAAAAAGAAAUAAACACUGAGAGUAAACUCUGAUUUCAAAAAAACAAUUACUUCAAUUUCAUUAUUACAAUAAUUUUCAGUUCAAACUGAUUGGUAUAAAUUAAUGUUCUUUACAGGGCUGCUUGGGUGAUGUCUUGAAGCAUAUAUUAAAGUAAAUCUGUUAAGAGAAAAAAAAUGACUUUGUAACUAUUUGUUAGAUCUGGAAUAAUAAAAUAAACUCAAAAUUAAAAAUUAAGAAAGUUGAAUUCGUUUAUCAAUUCUAUUAUGUUGUAUUCGGAAAAAAGAAACGAUUUAUCGAUAAUAACAAGAACUAAGUAUUUAUUAGUUAAAAUUUAAUGUUUUAAAAUAUCUAACUGUAUGAAAAUAAGUAAGUAAUAUUGUUAUUGAAUUGUUAUUAUUCAUAUUGAGCGAUGCAAUAAAGGUUUUAUGUGUUCAUGGUACACUAUGUUAAGUUAUGCUUAAUGGCGGAUAAAUUGCCAGAUAGUUUAUACCCCUAGGUGAACGU